AUGGCUCCUCUCAGGUCGUUCGUCGAAGUAUUGCCGGAGUCCCACUUUCCUCUGGAGAAUCUGCCCUACGGCGUCUUCCGGCCGAGCGCCGGCGGUUCCCAAGCGGAACCUCGCCCCGGGGUGGCCAUCGGUGACUACGUUCUGGACCUAUCGGCAGUCGCCGCGGCGGGACUUUUCGACGGGCCCCUGCUGAAGAAGUCUUCAUGUUUCUCUCAGGUUAUCAAUUUCCUCUCUUUUCCGUUCUUCCACAGACCAAGGAACAGGUGUAGACCACUGUUUUUGGAUUAUGUUUUGCCCCGGUCGUUGAUCAAAGCAACUAGAAUAUUGCAUCUUGUUGUUCUGUUGACAGACCUCCCUCAACAAGUUUCUGGAGAUGGGACGCCCUGCGUGGAAGGAGGCCCGUUCGACCCUACAAAAGCUAUUGUCCGGUAAUGUUUGAUAUCUCUUCUCCAAUUACUUUAAUGUGAUUACGUUCCUGAAUCGUAAAAGUUAAAGCACAAAAAUGUGGAUAAGAUUAUUCACGGAAAAUCGCCUGUUACACGACAUCUCGGGUUUCUCCAUUUUUUUCAAUAACAAACUGUAUUAGUUUCCUCGGCUUCCGACACUAAUAUUGAUCAUAAUGACACACUGUGGAAAGCUCGGCGAUCCUUUAGCAUUACUGGUACGGGUCUCAUAUCUGAGGAUGAAAUCUGUGUUUUGAGAGUAUAAUCGAUACUAUCUUAGCCGAGUAAACUUAGCUGCAGAACUAGCUCUUGAUUCUCUGUUGUUUCUAAAAGUUUCACAGAGUUACUGUUUUGUUUAUCGUUUGUAACACGACACAUUAAUUAACCACCAUCUGUUGUGAGGUGAAAACCUGGGAAAAUGACAAUGCUGCUUUAUUUGCAGCUGAUGAACCAACUCUUCGUGAUAAUGCCGAUUUGAAAGAGAAAUGCCUUUUCCCAAUGGUAUUUCAUACCUGAAGGUUUGAAAUUAUUAUUCAAUUUCUUCUUGUGUUGCUGAUACCGUUUUUGAACAAGCAGGACAAGGUGCAAAUGCUUGUUCCCAUGGUAAUAGGGGAUUAUACAGACUUCUUUUCAUCAAUGCAUCAUGCGAAGAAUUGUGGGACUAUUUUUCGUGGCCCAGAGAAUCCAAUUGCGCAGAACUGGUAGGUAAUAUGUUUUAAUUGCUUCCAAUCACUAAUCUAUAAUUUCUGACUGUCUGUCACGUUUUUUUCUUAACUGUGGAAAACUUCUGCCAGGUUUCACCUGCCAAUUGCUUAUCAUGGUCGUGCAUCAUCCGUGGUCAUUUCGGGGACAGAUAUUACCCGUCCAAGGUGAUCUCCUCUCCCCUGAUGAAAAAAAACCCACCUGCAGAAUAAUGUUCUGUUAAAAAUGCCAUAUCUUGUACUUUUUCCUAAUGUCGUAUUAAAAACAUUUGAUUUGGUUUUCUGUACUUCCUUGUGGAGCAUGUAUCACUGGAGAGUCAGCCGGCUAAUAAACACUGCCAAAUCUAUGGUUCAAAAUGACAUUUUCUUAAUGGGAUAAAAGAUUAUGAUGCUGCAUUGAUCCUUUUCUCCCUUUUGCUGAACUACUAACACCACCGACAGUUGGAUAAUUUUCCUUCUCAUUCUAUCUUGGAAAAAAGGAUCACGAUUAAAAAUAGUACACACCUUAAUUCCGUCAUAAACUGCAGUUUUAUUUGUGUUUUAGGAGCAAGGCUACUCUGGGCUAUUCUAGGUUGGGAUUUUCUUGGGGACAGCCCUCAUUUUGUACCUUUGCGCACAAUCGCCCUAAUUGCACUAAAAUGACAUUUUUUUUACUAGUUUUUCAUUAUCCUUUUUUUUGUACUAAGUAAUGUUUUUAGUUUAGCUGAGACUCUUUCGUUAUGUUGGCAGAGGUCAAGCUUAUCCUACACCUAACUCUCCACCAUAUUUUGGACCUUCAAUGAAGAUGGAUUUUGAGCUUGAGAUGGUCAGUCUUUUCCAUGGUUGAAUUUUUUGUGUCUUGCUUAUAGGACCUGAAGCACAAGAACUUAAUUCAAAAAAUGCACACCCUGAGAAACUUUUAUUUACACAUGCGCAUGGAUAUGGCCAGUUUUUUGUGUUUGUCCCUCGUGAUCUUGUUUCAAGACUGUUGAAACUUGACUAGACAGUCGUUGGUUUUCUUUUAUCUUGGAAGCAUAAAUUGAAUCAGUUGAAAACUUGUAUCUGCUUACAGGCUGCUAUAGUUGGCCCAGGAAAUGAAUUAGGCCAUCCAAUUGACGUUAAUGAUGCUGCAGAUCAUAUUUUUGGGCUUGUUUUAAUGAAUGAUUGGAGCGGUAAACAAGUGUUUUUUUACUAUUUUCAGCCAUUUACCUCCGAUUAGCUCCAAAUUGAAUUUACUGUAUAUGUUUUUGGCAGCUAGAGAUAUUCAAGCCUGGGAAUAUGUUCCUCUAGGGCCCUUUCUUGGAAAGAGUUUCGGUAAGCAAUAUGUAUAUAUACAUAUAUAAAUUUAAAAUGUACCGUCGAAAUUUAUGGUCCAUGUUUUUUCUUUUACUUCUGGUAUUGCAUCUGCCUGUUUCUUGUUCUGAACUGCAAUUUUUUUCAGGUACAUCAAUAUCACCUUGGAUUGUAACUCUGGAUGCCCUGGAACCUUUUGCUUGUGAUGCGCCUAGGCAGGUAAUCAUUUUGCAUCUCAGGUACAAGAAAGACAGGGAUCGUAGUUUUAAUCUUGGGAUAUCUACUCCUUGAGCUUUGUGAACGUUAAAAUUAUAUACAAUCGUUUUUUGACAACUUCGUUACAGAAUGCUUGACAGAUUAUUUUUAUGGAAAAUAUGCUAAACUUGCAGGAACCCCAUCCGCUACCUUAUCUGGCUGAAACUAAACAUGUCAACUAUGAUAUUCCCUUAGAGGUAUGUAAAUAAAAUCUUAUGGGUAUAUAUCUUCUGACCAGCCAUUUUUAUCAUCUUCUUGGCAGAUCUUCAUUAUCCAUAUUUUUUGGCAGUAUUCUUCCCAUCUCUUCAAGUUUAACCAUUUACAACUAAUUUACAUGUGUAAUGAUAUUCCCAUUUUUAUGAAAGGUAUGGAUCAAACCUUCUGGACACGAGCAUCCAUCUCUUGUCACGAAAAGUAAUUUCAGUCACCUGUAAGGAAAUCAACCUCUUGUUUAUCUUCACAGGUUUAAAUGAAUUUUUUUUCAUUUUAACUAGUUUUUUUUUUCUCCGCGGCUUCUAUUGACUCUUCACCCACCUUGUAAAAUCUUGUACCAUUGCGUGAACCAAAACCAUUCUCCAUAUUAAUCGGCAAGAUGAUUCCAUCAUUAUCAUGUUAUUGCAAAGUAAAUUUGAUUUCUGCAAACAUCAAAGGUGGGAAGCAUCAUUCCAUUUUUAAAUAAAACUAUUUCAUAACUGAACUAUGUAUGUUCUACGUUGUCCUCAAUUAUCUUAUCAUAUUCUUUCAUUUAAGGCGCGUCUUAAAACUUAUUAAACUGCAUACUGCAUCCUUAUUGACAAGGAAAAGAGAGUUGGAUCAGUUUCUCUGUUAGUUUCCCAAGCAUGAGGCAUAACCCGGUUUAGACAUUUCCUUUUCUAAAAUUGACUUCGGACUCGCAGUUUCCAAGGAUCCCAUGAAAUUGACCGGAACUAACUUCCCAAUUGGGGUUAUCUGUUCUCUAGAGUUCUACAAGCUUGAUUUUAAUUUUUUUCUAGAGUUCUACAAGCUUGAUUUUAAUUUUUUUUCUUUCUUUUGGAAUAUAAUCAACCUUCGGAACGUACUUUGGAAUACAUUUCGAGACCCAGACGAAUUAUAUUGUGUACCGAUUUUGUACAUUCUCAGAGUGUGCUGUCUGCAACCCAUAAAUUGAUUAAACAUAUACUUCAUUUAUUUAUUUUUUGUCAUGAAUACUCUAAUUUGGAGCGUUUGUCUUAUGGAUCAGAUACUGGACCAUAAACCAACAACUGGCACACCACACAAUCAAUGGCUGCAACUUGAGGCCCGGUGAUCUGCUUGGUACUGGGACCAUCAGUGGACCUGUAUGCUCCAAUUUUCUUAAACUACUAACAAUCUUUGCUUUAUUUUUUCUCUCCAUCUGUUCUGCUUCGUUCAAGAAAUUCUUCCGAAUUCUCUUAGAUACUAACUUUACCUGCGUUUGGACCACUACCAGCAUGAAGAAUCUUUUGGAUGCUUACUCGAAUUGACCUGGAACGGGCAGAAGCCACUUUCUAUUGGUGGUUCAUCUCGCAAGUUCUUGGAAGACGGAGAUGAAGUCAUCUUUACAGCGGCCUGCAAGGUGCAACUCCAAGAACCUUUUAUUAUCUGUAUUUAGGUGCAACCACCCGCUUGCCCAAUAAUUAACAUUUAAUAUAGAAACCAAUAAUUCUGAGCUCGAAUUUGCACAAGAAUCCAGACUCUAUGAAUCUGGUAUGAAGAACUAAGUAACAUCACUUCUUCCAAACUAUAAUGUGCGCAUUUUUACGCAGUGCCACUUCCAUCUUCAUAUUUUUUCAUAAAUCUUUUUUCUCUUCUCUUGUCUAACAUUUGAAAAUAUCAAUGACUCCUCAAUUUUGUAGGGAAAUGGUUAUAAUGUUGGAUUUGGAACGUGCACCGGGAAGGUUCUGCCCUCAACCCCCUGA